AUGCCAUCCCUAGAAGUGCAGGCUCUCAGCUUCUUCUUUUCAACAACCAUUUUUACCCCAGAAAGAGACUGGCGAGCGAGCCACGGUCAAUUUGAAUUGAUAACUCCCCUCUACCAUUCGGUCUCUGGUGACUCCCCACUUGCUGAAGCGGUGUCAUGGCUUGCUAUCUACAUGAUGGGAACUUGCUUCAAAGGAAAGCCAUAUGCCUUAGAAAGUGGCCUCCUUGCAAGGGUUAUCAAAAGUGUCCGUCGAGCGAUUGCAGAUCCACUGUUGAGUCUCAAGGACGAGACUUUGAGUGCUGUCAUGAUUCUACAAUUUGGAGAAUAUCUCUUUGGUCGUCGACAUGAGGCGACCAUGCUCCCGCCUGCGUCCCAUCAGAAUGGAGCUGAAGCUCUCAUCAAAAAACGAGGAGGGCUAAAUUUCAGAGAUCAAAACGCGCUUACGUUAUUAGCGGCCGUCCGAAAUAAUGCCGUCAAUUUGGGGCUGGAUGGCGCAAACAGGACAGCCAAAUGGGACUUGUGGGAAAUACAGGCCGAUAUCGAGCGGUUGGGCCAGUCCUGUACUCCUGCAAUGCAACUUGAUGCUCAUGCUAUCAGUGUUGUAGCUCUCCGAGCCGAAGUCGAUCGGGUUAGCUUCUUCUCCCGUCCCGACGCGGUUCAAAUCCUGCGACAGAGAUUGAUCGAACUUCUGGCUCAUUUAUCUCUGUGGGAAUACCAAGCGCCGAAGGACUGGGCACCUCUAAAAGCCAACCGCUUUCAACACUAUUAUCCUUCCCAAGACAUUGCAUAUCUUUUCGCGCAGUAUUACCUGCUAAGGCUCGAGACCAUUCAGCUGAUGCAAGAGCUGAAUGCAGUAUCAAAGACUCCAGACCGCUCCGGACGUCAAUUUAACCGUGCCAGGGACGUGAUCAAUCAUAUCGUGGCGGCGGAAAGAUCGAUUCUAACCAAAUGGAGCCAACCUGUGCAUCAACAUGUCGGAAUAUCUUCUGAUAGAGCGGUCGGGAUGCCACAAGCUACAGUUCCGCAAUGCCUAGAGUCAAAGAGGGGUGCGUGGCUUCUUCAAAAAGUCUUGACUCGACUUGAGGGCGCCUUACAAAGAACUUUGGCAACUUUGACGAUACCCAGCAUAGUAUUUACCGACUAUUCGGUGUACUUGAACUGGGUAAGAAAGGAGAGGCAGACAAUCAAGGAGGCCCUCGGGACCUGA